GUCUCCUUUGCCGUUCUUGCUUGGGCGGCAUGCUGCGCAGCGCAGGAGUCAGGUGAUGACUCAGGCAGCUGCAUGACCCUUUUACAGGUGACCCAUGAACGGUUAAGAUCAAAUUCCACAGACCGACAAGACAGCGGCAAAGAGCCGUCAGCAAAGCCUAUUUUAAAAAAUGGUGUCAGGAGGCACCGCGUUGAGCAUGUACCGAUGCUUUCAGAACAGCCCUUCUGGUGGAUGAUGGCCGGGCUGAUUAUUCUAGUGACCGUCGUGGUGAUCAGGAUGGAAGUUCAAGAGCGUCCUGCACCAGCGGACACAGCCGAGACUGCGAUAGAAAGCCAGGCCCAAAGCCAGGCCUCCAAAGAAACCAAGGAGAAGGGCAUGAAACCUUCGACUCCCGAUGAUUCCGCAGCUGCACGAGCUGAGGCAGAUGCUGCCGAAAUGGAGAUGUUCUACUCACCAGCGAACCUGAAGAGGCUUUGCUUCUGUUUCCUGGCCCUGAACACUAGCAUGAUCCUUUGGGGGAUCGCGCAGGAGUUCAUCAUGACCAAUGUGUACGUUGGAAGAAAUGGCGACAAUCUGCAGAUUCCCAGUGCAUUGUUCCUGGUGCUGUGCAAUCGAGCAUCAGCGGCCAUCUUCUCAGCUCUUAUCCUCACCAUUCGGCAAAAGCAGCUAUUCUUUGACGGCUGUAUCGACUCGUUGCCACCAGCGGUGAGCAACAGCCUCGCUUCGUGGUGUCAAUACUCUAGUCUUUCCUACAUUUCAUUUGGAUUGCAAACGACAGCGAAGAGUACCAAGAUUCUUCCAGUAGUCAUAAUAAGCUCUCUUCGAGGGAAGCUGCACUCUCUGACUGACUAUGCAGAGUGCAUCGUGUUGACGGCAUCCUGCUUCGUCUUUGGCCACGAAAGCGAGACUGCCUUCGACAGCAGCACAACAUCAACAGGACUUAUCCUGUUGACCAUCUACAUCAUGUGCGAUUCGCUGACGCCUCAUCUGCAAGAUGUCCUCUUCCUCAAGCACAAGGACCUCGAUGUGGUCCAGGCCACUUUGGCGAUGUCCUGCUUCGCCCUAGCUUUCAUUACUGCUGAGCUGCUCCUGAGUGGUGCUAUGUUCUCAUCGAUCAACUUCAUUUGGCAAUGUCCAGAGGCUCUGACGCAUAUGCUGGUUCUAUCUCUGGCAUCGACGGUGACCCAGUACAUGAUAUCCUACACAAUCAAGCAUUUUGGUCCUGUGGUCUACACUCUCAUUGCCUCCACGCGACAAGUGCUUUCAGUGCUGGUAUCAUGCAUGCUGUUCCAGCAUGACAUGUCAGGCCUCAGCAUUGUGGCGAUGUUCAUCAUUUUCGGUACAUUAAUUGUUCGAGCCGUUCGACCCCUCGCAAAAGAUCACCAAGAGUUGGUGUCCGUCGAGCCGGAAGCUUUUCAGAGAGUGCCGAUGUUGAACUUUUCGGCAAGGCUGUCGCGAUUCUCGCCACUAUUCGUAUGCACGAUGGCCAUCCACGUCGUGUACUUGGUAUAUUCUUUGUUGCAGGAGUUUCUGUCCAGCCACACUUUCGAAAGCGACUUGUUCAACUUUCCUCUAACACUCGUUGCUCUAAGCCACUCUGCGGGGGCCUUGCUUUCACUGGCUGCACUCUGUGCCAGCGGGCACCAAAUUGUUGCACCAGGCAUGAUAGGCACGCUUCUUCCUGCUACUACAGACUUGGUGGCUACAUCCCUCCAGCACGCGGCGCUGUACUUGAUGUUCUUCCCAGCGCAAUCUCUGAUGAAGACGCUCAAAGUGCUUCCUGUCAUGCUGGUUGGGAGCUGUUUGCAGAACCGCGUCUACAGCCGCCUGGACUACAUGGAAGGCUUUCUGCUGACCUGCUUUGUGGCAUUCUUUGUCUGGGACUUUCAGAUCCACGAAGCGGAAGAGGUUGAAAAGAAGAUGUCACUGGCUGGGAUUUUUAUGAUGUUUGGUUACCUGACAGUGGACUCCUUUACCAGCAACUUUCAGGAUCACAUAUACCAAACGACUGGACUUGAGCCUGGCCACAUGCUCCUGGGAAUGGAGUCGAUCUCGGGAGUAAUGGCCUGGAUACUGACGAUCGUCUCCGGUGAGCUUCCUCUCGCCUUUCAGUUCAUUCGCUCGCAUCCAGAGAUAACUUUCUUCCUCUCGAUCUUUGCUAUGACGGCGGCGGUUGGAGCCUUCAGCUGUGUGCUGACUGUUCGACUGUUUGGACCAGCGGUGUUUACUCUUAUCAUGACAUCCCGCGCCAUCAUGAGCCUCUUGCUGUCGGUGAUUUGCUUCCAGCACGAGGUGGCUUGGGAAGAGUGCCUAUGCCUCAUCGUUGUGUCACUGGUCAUGCUGAUCUCCUCAACACGUCGAGUAUCGGCGCAGCUUCGCCAGCUGGACCUGUCCAAGCACGAUGACCGCCUUUCUCUGACGGGCCAGGGUGGUUAA